AUGGAGAACAAGAUUAUGUUGACAGGUCUUGUAGUAAUGUUGAUCAGCCUUGACUCAGUCCCCGCAUCCGUCUACGGAGAAGCCGAUUUGGAUACUUACAUUGUGUUCUUGCAGAAACCAGAAGGCCUCUCCUUACUUGCAGAUGGGGAAUUGGACUCAUGGUACAGCACAUUCCUUCCUGAUACUCUGCUGGCGAGCUCAUCCACGACCCGAUUGAUCCAUUCCUACCGCAAUGUCGCGACAGGGUUCGCGGCGAAGCUGACCAAGGAGGAAAUGAAGGCCAUGGAGAAGAAGGAUGGGUUCAUCUCGGCUCAGCGCGAAAGGAUGUACAGUCUGCACACAACUCGCACUCCCGGAUUCUUGGGAUUGCAGCUCAACACCGGUUUGUGGAACGGUUCGAACAAUGGGAAGGGUGUGAUCAUCGGAGUUCUGGACACCGGCGUCACGCCUAACCAUCCUUCAUUCAACGACAUGCACAUGCCCUCCCCGCCUGCCAAAUGGAAGGGCAAAUGCCAGCUACCGAAAUGCAAUAACAAGCUCAUCGGGGCGAGGAAUCUCGUCUCGGAUUCCUACGCCAUCGAUGAUGAAGGCCACGGCACCCACACUUCCAGCACGGCUGCUGGAAGCCCUGUGUGGGCGAGUGCCUUUGGGCAAGCUAGCGGCGUGGCCUUUGGGAUGGCGCCGCUAGCUCACAUUGCAAUCUACAAAGUCUGCAGCGAAGAGGGUUGCACUGGAGGUGCUAUACUAGCAGGAAUGGACGCUGCAGCAGCGGAUGGCGUCCACGUGCUGUCGCUCUCCCUGGGCCUGCCUUCAGAAUCUUUCCCCGAUGACCCGAUCGCGGUUGGUGCGUUCCGAGCGAUCCAGAAGGGGAUUUUUGUCAGCUGCUCUGCUGGAAAUGCUGGACCUGCAAGCGCUUCGUCGGCCAACGAGGCCCCCUGGAUUCUAACAGUUGGAGCUAGGGCGAAUGGCAGAGCAGUUUCCAGAUUCUGUGUCCCUGGCUCGUUGUACAAAUCCGUCAGGGGAAAAAUCGUCUUGUGCGAAAGAGGAGGAGAAAUUGCUAGAAUUGCCAAGGGGCAGGAAUUGAAGGACAAUGACGGAGCUGCCAUGAUCCUGAUGAAUGAUCAACAGAGCGGCUUCGACACACUAGCCGAUGCUCAUGUCCUCCCUGCAUCCCAUGUCAGCUUCUCCGCUGGCGUGGCGAUCAAGGCAUACCUGAACUCCACCAAAUCACCAAAGGCCACAAUCCUUUUCAACGGAACUAUAUUUGGCAACCCGAAUGCUCCAAUGGUUGCCUCUUUCUCCUCGAGGGGUCCCAGCCGGGCGAGUCCUGGAAUCCUGAAACCAGACAUCAUUGGCCCUGGACCAAACGACUACAUUCCUUAUCUGUGCGGGUUGGGAUACAAGGAGAGCGUGAUUCUGGGGAUCUUACAGCGCAAGGCACACUGUGGGAAUUCGAGCAUUCCUGAGGCUCAGCUCAACUAUCCUUCGUUCUCGAUCAGGUUGGCUUCUACUCCCCUGACAUUCUUGAGAACUGUGACGAACGUUGGCCGGGCCAAUUCGGUGUACGUAGCUAAAGUUGUGCUACCAAGAGGAGUUGAUGUGAAGGUGCAUCCAAAGAAGAUUGUCUUCAAUCGGUUGAAGCAGAAGGCCACAUUUACUGUAACGUUUACCAGCAAGGGGAAAUCUGCUGAAUCUUACUCCCAGGGUUUCUUGUACUGGCUGACUCAAGGUUACGUUGUGAAGAGUCCAAUUGCCGUGGUAUCCGGGUAA